UCCUUUUCUUCUUUUUAUAUAUUAAGCCCUCGUUUCCUUCUCUGCUUAAAAUUCGCGAGGGCAGUGAAAAAAUAUGGUGAUGAAAGGGAGGCUCAACGAGUUACCAGAUGAACUGAUCUUAACGAUACUCUCAAAGCUUCCGACGUUUAAAGAAAGCGUUGCAACACGUCUCAUAUCAAGACGGUACGAGGUUCCUUGGAAUCUUGCGCAGGACGUCACGCUUGAAGAUAACGAUGAAGAGAGUUUAAUAAGUUUUGUCUAUGGAUCUUUGCUGUCAGAAGAUGCUCCAGUUCUAGAGAGGUUGCAUCUCAAGCUUAACCGGUACCAUUCGGCUUCAGCCAUCGACUUUUUGGUUCAAACCGCGGUUAACCGAAACUUGAGAAAGCUGAGAUUCGACUUGUUUGGUGAAACCCUAGAAACACUGCCGAGUUGCUUGAGUUCAUGCACAACCCUAAAAUCGUUGAUACUACGUGAAGUAAGUAUCGUGGUUGUUCCUUAUGAUUUUCGUUUGCCAUCGCUCAAAAGUCUACACCUUUUCUCGGUUAAGUUCUUGGGCCUCGAAUCUGUUGCAAGUCUUUUACGAAGUUGUCCGGUUCUUGAAUAUUUGGUUUUAAACCGAACCAGAUGUGAUGUGGUCGAUGUGAAUAGUGAGUUUUCUCCCCUUUGGUUCUGCUUAUCAUCACUCAAAAGUCUUCACCUUUGCUCCGUUAUAUUCUCCGGUAAUAAUUCUGUUACACGUCUUUUACGAAGGUGUCCGGUUCUUGAAUCUUUGGUUAUAAACCAAACCAAAUGUGACUACGAGAUGUUCGAGGUUGAUUUUCCACCUAGAUCUUGUCUGUCAUCGCUCAAAAGUCUUCACCUCUCGUCGGUUAACUUCUCGUGUGAUGAAUCUGUUGCAAAGCUUUUAGAAAGUUGCAAGGCUCUUGAAGACUUGUUCAUAACCCGAACCAAAUAUGACAACGUGUGGUUAUUUAAUAUCACCGUGCCUACUCUCAAGAGCUUAUCUAUUAAUAACGCGAAAGUGAAACGCGCUGAUGCUCCUGGGUUUGCGAUAAAUGCUCCUGCUUUGGAGAGAUUAAACGUUAAGGAUAGAGUCAGUAACUUUAUGAUGUUUGGUUAUAUGCCCGAGGUGACCACAGCAAAUAUCGAGGUGGUUUGUGAACAAACUGAGAAUUUUAUAGGAUCUCUUACCUUCAUCCAACAUCUGUCUCUCUGUUCUCCAACUUCAAAGACUCCAUAUACUAGUGGCACUGUCUUCUUCUUUCUUGAACAUCUAGAGCUAUGCACAUGUUCUGCUAGAUGGGCGGAUCUACUUGGCUCUAUACUCAAUGACGCUCCAAGGCUUCAAUCUAUCAAGCUUAAGUCGAAAUGUGGUGCUGGUUUCAAGCGUCCGAUGGAACUCUGGAACGAGCCAAUAGUUGUUCCGGAAUGUUUAGCGAAGCAUCUUGAGUUCUUGGAAUGGAGAGAAUAUGAUGGGACAGAGCAAGAGAGGAAAGUGGCUGCCUACAUACUAGCAAGCGCUACUUGUCUAAAGAUGGCUACAUUCUCGACAAGAUGUGGAGACAAAUGUACAGAGUUAAAUAAAAUGUCUAGAGUUUCAGAGAUAUGUCAGUUAGUGUUUGAGUGA